AUGAAUAAUGGUAUUGAAGAAUACCUGAGUAAAUCCCGUACAACAUAUCGUAAUCUACAUCAUCCACCAAGUCCAACAAUGUCAUCAACAAAAAAUAAAUUAGAAAAUAAAUUACCACCUAGUGAAGAAAGUGACGAUGACAGUACAUUACCAACCUUUGUCAAUCGUUUCUUUUUCCCUAAAAACACAACAACAAACAAAACAUCACCACCACCACCAAUAUCACCAUCAAAUGAUACAGGCAUGUUUCGUGCUAUACGUGGUCAAGUUAUAAUUCAUCAUGAUCAUGAUCGAUCAUCUAAAGUACAACGUGAAGAUGCAGAUGAUGAUGGUGAUGAAGAAGAACUUGAAAAUCUUCCUUUAAGUCGUUCAAAUGGUGGAAAUUAUGAAUUACACUAUGAUGUUGAUAAUCCUCUUGAAAUAUCUUGUUCAAUGUCACUUUCAUCAGCUGAAACAAUAUCUGAUCAUUCACCAUCACCUACAAGACAUACAUCAUCAAUUAAUAUUGAUGAAAAUAAUCCGAAUUUUAAACGAGAACGUACACCUGUCGAACCAUCAGACGAAGAUGAUGGUGGCAACGAUGAUGAUAAUGAUGAUGAUGAUGAUGAUGAUGACGAUGAUGAUGAUGGUGGUGAUACACCAUCACCAAUAUUAAGUGAUAGUAAUCAAGCUGAAAGAAAUCCGCAUGAUCAUGAAAAUAUAAAAGAACAAGAUGAAAAAUUACGAACAUUUCGUGGGUGGCAUUUAUCAAUGCUUAAACAGAUUGAUGAAAAAUUACGAGAAAUUGAACUUGAAACAGUCAAUGUUCCAGCUACUAUAACAACAACAGCGACAACAUCAACAACACCGGUCAAUGAAAAUAAGAAACCUUUUAUGAAACCAUUAACAAACAAAAAGAAACUACUACGUCCAACAAUUCGUCGACGUUUUGAAACAACAAAUCUCAAACGUCAUCAUUCACCUAUUCCACAUAUAACACUUAAUUCAUUUCGUUCAAGAACACCAUCCGUAGAAAAAGAAUCUCGUACACUUGUUAUUAAUUUACCACCUUCAUCUUCUUCAUCAUCAUCAUCUGAUAAUGAACAAGAUUUUCCACCUCCACCCGCACCAUCUGAACCAAUACAUAUUCGUAUUGUUCAAAGUCCUAGUUAUCCAAUGUGUCAACGUUCACAAAGUACUGAACGUUUAAUUUUACGAGAUCAAGGUGCUCAAACCGAACCAUUUAAUAGUUCGAAUGGUUUUAUUGACCAUCGACCUACACGUCCCGCUAGUGUCGAAUGUGAUCGAAUACAACCAACACGCUCAUUAACACGUACAUUAAGUAAUCAAUUUCUUCAACACUAUCAUCAACCGCAACAACAACAACAACAACAGCAGCAGCAAAAACAACAACAACACCAACAGCAACAACAUUACCAAUACCCACAACAUACACAACAAUCAGCCGAUCAAAUUAAAUUUUAUAGUUUACGUAGUCGUAAUAUACGAUCACGACCAAGUAUUGUCACACAAGCACCUAUGCCAAUACCUCAAUUACCACCAGUACGACCCACUGUACUGACUCGAUCAGUAUCAGUUGAAAAAAAACAACCGCCUCAAUCUAAACCACCACCACAACCACAACCAAAAAGUUUUCCACCAACUUUAUCAGCUGAUCCAUCUGUAUAUUCAGAUGAUUACGGACAUGUAACACAGAUGGAUACAAGAAAUCUAGGGACUUUAGUUGAUAAAGUUUUUGAUGAUAUCUAUCAAGACAAACCGUCAGAUUUCUAUCGAGAUUAUAGGCAACUUUUAAAUGAUAUUCAAGUUCGAUUUAGUAUGGUUUCUUCGGGUGAACAACCAUCUGUCAUACAUCGCCAUCCUCCUCCUCCACCUAAUUCUCAACCAUCAAAUCCACCAGUUUAUCGACAACCGCCACCACCACCACCACAAUCACAACCAGCACCACAGACACCAUCCAGACCACCAUCAGCAUUAAAACAAACUUUUACGGAUUUUUCUCGAGUACCUAAAGCAUCAUCAACAUCAAAAGCUCGUUUUUGUGACACACUUAUCUAUAUUCCUAAUCCUCGUUAA